AUGGAGGAAUCGACGCUACGAGCUCUCGACAUGAGUGAACGGGCAAAUUCUGAGCGGCGACCUGCGCCAGCGUCGUCAAAUUCAGACCCGCCAGAGCGGUCUCAGGAAGAUGCCCUUGAUGAAGAUGCCGAAACCCUCAUCGACGAGCUUAUUCUCCCAAAAGGCAUCACUGGCCUCAGCAGCGAUCCGCCAGUCAACGAUUUCCGCGAAAGCCCGCUGGAGCCGGAGCUAGCAGCAGUGACGCCGCAGAAUGACGAAUCCUUGCAAUUCGAAGGUGACGAAGAAGAGCCCGCUGAGCCACAAUCCUUCCAGAGGUCCACUAGCCCUACUCUCAUGCAACGCAACAAAGGAGCCGCCUACGAGAAGGUUGGCGAAGAGGGCGUGAACAAGAUGCACAGGUUCUCUCUUUACGAGACCAGCACUCGGUUCUACCUUGUCGGCGGAGAUGUCAUGGACAAACAUUUCCGCGUGCUUAAGAUAGACCGUACGGCACACCCCGGGCACCUCAACAUCUUCGAAGACGACAUUGUCUACGACAAAAGGGAGAUGAACCAGCUCCUAAAUGCAAUUGACGAUGGAAACAAAGGCUCAGGUGGCAUGAAGCUCAAGUGCAGUACAUGGGGCCUUCUAGGCUUUAUCAGAUUUACUGAGGCUUAUUACAUGCUUCUUAUCACGAAGAGAACCCAAGUGGCAAUGAUCGGAGGCCACUACGUCUAUCAAAUUGGAGGCACAGAAAUGGUACCUCUGACGACUGGCUCUACUUCGCGUUUCCAAAAAGAUAGGAAUCCCGAGGAGUCAAGGUUUUUGAGCAUUCUCAACAACCUUGAUUUGACGAGAGGCUUCUACUUUAGUUACUCGUACAACAUCACGAGGAGCCUCCAGCAAAACAUCAUACGUGAAAGAGAAGGUUUAAGCAAAGGGCUGAGCCAUCAAACUUACGAUUUCAACGAUAUGUUUGUCUGGAACCACUACCUUCUAGAACCGGCUAGAGCUGCCCUGAAGAGUACCUAUGAUUGGUGUCUCCCCAUUAUUCACGGCUUCAUUGAUCAGUCCUCGAUCGACGUGUUUGGGCGACGAGUAUACAUCACUAUUAUCGCUCGUCGCUCGAGGUUUUUCGCCGGAGCUCGAUUCUUGAAGCGCGGAACGAAUGAUUUGGGAUAUGUCGCCAAUGAUGUAGAAACCGAGCAGAUCGUGUCGGAGCUCCUCAACACCUCUUUCCAUGCGCCAGGUCCCCGAUUGUAUGCCAACCCCAGUUACACUUCGUACAUUCAGCAUCGUGGGAGUAUUCCACUGUACUGGACGCAGGAUAACACCGGGGUGACUCCAAAGCCUGAUAUCGACCUGAACCUCAUAGAUCCCUUCUACAGUGCCGCUGCGCUGCAUUUUGACAACCUCUUCGAACGCUACGGAGCGCCUGUAUAUGUCUUGAAUCUCAUCAAGUCACGCGAGCGACUUCCGCGCGAAUCAAAACUCUUACGAGAGUAUGAGAACGCGAUAAAAUACCUCAACCAAUCUCUCCCAGCCGAUAAGAAGAUUCUGUACGAAGCCUUCGAUAUGAGUAGAGCCUCUAAAACGCGCGGCCAAGAUGUAAUAGGGACAUUGGAGACCAUUGCAGAGAACGUCUUGCAAAGAACAGGGUUCUUUCACAAUGGCGAUAGCAGAUAUGACUCCCCUCAGGUUCAGAAUGGAGUGGCGAGAACAAACUGUAUUGACUGUUUGGACCGCACAAAUGCCGCUCAGUUUGUUAUAGGAAAGCGAGCUCUGGGCAGACAGCUCCAGGCAAUUGGAAUAAUCGCUGGCAACACCGUAGACUAUGAUACUGAUGCAGUCAAUAUCUUCACCCACAUGUUUCACGACCACGGCGACACCAUUGCCAUCCAGUACGGCGGCUCCCACCUCGUAAAUACGAUGGCUACGUAUCGGAAAAUCAAUCAGUGGCAAAGUCACUCGAGAGAUAUGGUGGAGAGCUUCAAGCGCUACUACCACAAUUCCUUCCUAGACUCACAACGACAGGAGGCUUACAACCUCUUUCUCGGAAACUACAUCUUUACUAUAGGCCAGCCGAUGCUGUGGGAUUUGACAACAGACUACUAUCUUCAUCAUGCAGAUCCUCGGGCAUGGCUAGGUAAAAGCCGCCGGGACUACAUAGAAUGGUUCACGCCUGAGUUUCUAGAGCAACACUCCCUUCCUUCUUCAUCUGGACCCAACAGCGAGCUCAUCAAAAAGGGUGUCGGUUUGUACGACGAUUACUGGCUGGAAUACUACCGUCCACUCGCGAUAUCGUCUUUCCUCAAGAUCUACUCCUUCUGCCUCAACUCGCCAGCACGCUACCUACCCGACAAAUCCCUCCAAUCUCGAGACUACGACCUCUCACCCUUCCGCCCGCGCAAAUCUCCACACGAGACCGACUCCCCCGAGAAGAAGCCCCCUCGAAAAGGCGUCACCAUCCUCGACCCCUCCAGCGAAACCGAAACCCGCGUCCUCAGCAUCGCCGCCCGCCGCAACCAGGCGCGCCUCUCGUCCGGCGGCCGCUUCGAAAGCGGCUCUCCCAUCAAAGGCAGCAUCCUGCGCGACCCGCACUUCGAAACCCGGCUCCUCUCAACCCCGCACUCCUCCCAAACCACCUCCUUCUCUUCCUCGAACCCACCCUUCAAGCCCGCCGACAAGAACCUCAUGACGCAGUGGACGCUCGACCAGUUCCACUCCAACUCGCUCAACCCCUCCGUCACGGCCGCCGAAGCGGCGGAGUACGCGGAGUACAUCUCGCACCCGCUCAACCUGCCGCUCGUCGUGUCGGCCGAGACGCCCUCCGCCUCGGACCCCAUUGCGCUCGAUUUCCUCGAGUAUCUGAGUCUGUCGGCGCCGGAAAAGGAUAGUGCUGAUGGAGCUGGGGCGCGAUGGGAUAUCAGUGAGGAGGAUGUGGGGUUCUAUGAUGAGUUUUUGAAGGUGUCGGAGAAUCCGCUUGAUGUGAAUGAGGAUGAUGGCGGGAAGAAGAGGUACAAGGCGUAUCGGCAGUGGUUGAAGGGGAAGAGCUUGUUCAAGCAGAGUAAAGUUGAUCCAGAGUAUCAAGGGCAAGGGAGGUGAUAGGCAAGAUGGGGUGUAAUUUUAGAGCGAGGCGUUUGGGGUCUAUACUUGCACUAUACUUAAUUUGAAUACCACUUCAGCGAAAGGGUCUUGGGCAGAUUGAUCUGGAUGUAUAUGCGAGAUUCCGCUG